AUGUCAGCAGAGUACAACGAGCUUGUUUCGUCCCAAAUCCGCGAGACUAUUAUCCGUCUCCAGUCACCUGUGUCGGAGCUCUCCGAACUUCUAUCCCUGCUCGCGCCUCCAUUAGAAGCCAUUGGACUCUUACCACCAAUCUUCCAACGCUACGACUCCAAUGCGUUUCCAAAUAAUUCAAAAGAAUACAUAAACAUAAGCAAGCACAUUCCUCCUAUACAAACCGCAAUUCUAGAGGUAAUCUCGCCUGCUUGGGAAGCGACCCUUGUGGAGCAAAGGCUGGAUCUUAUACUCUAUCAAUACUUUUGUCCCGACUCGUUCUCGUCUUCUUUACAGGCAGCUAGCGAAAUUGCAUUGUGUGCCUACACGACUGUACUUUCAUCUCCUCGUCAACAAUUCUCCGUCAAAAUUCUUCGUGGCCUAACGAGUCGCUAUCCAAUAGAUCGACUUCAUUCGACGAUUUUUGGAAAGGAUUCCCGCAUUGCAUCUCAUAAAAAGUCGUCUACUUGGGAAGAUGCAGUCCAGAGCAUUGUUUCUCUUCCAUCAAAACUUGCUAAUAAACGCGAGGUUCUCGACAUACCGCGAGAGCUGCGUCAUCGCGAAUAUUACACUUGGCUAUGUAAUCGAUCCGAAAUCCUCGUUUCUUCCUUCCCGCGAAUACCCAGCUCAGAGAUCGUCUCAUCAUUGACUUCUCUCAUGACUAAACUCGUGAAUAUUGGGUUAUUCCCGAGUACCACAUCGCUCGCGCCUUCCGAAACGAGCUUUCCUUCCAUCGUACUCCCGGCUAUCAGGUCGCGAACAUAUUCUUCAUCAGGAGAAGCGCAAGGUACAUGCGGAACUUUAUGGAACGAAAUAUUCGCAAGCUUACCGCCAGGCCUUUUCUCGAAGGCCCUUGCCUCUUUCGUUUCGCAUCUCGCGGAACUCCCUGACGACACUGACACUUCUGAUGCGGCUAGAGGGCUUGUAAAGCGAGAAGCUAUAGUACUUUCAAAAAUUUUCGGAAAUUUGGAGGGAGAAGAGGAUGAGAAGUGGCUGUCAGUCUCGUCGGCCCUCCUGACAAGGACGUGGAGCAUCGCCAAGGCGAGAAUCCUUGUUUGCUGGGUGUCAGUUAGCGACGAAAGAGCUAUUCCGCCACGUGCGAAGGAGACUCUUGUUUCUCGGAUUAUAGAUGUAUGGUCCUCUGAAGAGCACAUCAAACACUCUCUUCUCUCAAGUCACCAAUAUUUGACGACAGCACUUGUUCUCGCAAUAUAUUCAUUACCAGCGUCACACCCGAAGUUGCAGUCGCUUGCCUUUUCCCCAGCCUUCAUCGGAGCAAUUAGUCAGUAUAUAUCGCAUCUUGACCCAGCCGUGCGACGGUGUGGGAUGCUCGCUGCUGAACUAGUCGCAGAGCGCACGAAUAAGAAACUUGACUUUGCGCAGUGGGAUGGUGAUGGUGAAGGACGAGAGUGGGCGCGUGUUGUCAGGCGCUUGGUUGAAAAGUGCGAUGUAGAUGCGAAAGAGGCAGAAGCGGACGUUCUAAGACUUGAGGCGGAGAAAGACGAGACAGCGCAGGACAAGAAGACAGAAGGCCGGUCCAGUCCAGUUCAGCCACGAGUCCAGCUCGUCGAAGCCGAAUACGACUCGGACGACUCUCUCGAAGGCUACGCUUCUUCUCCCGCCUCUUCUCGCUCUCCAUCCCCGACAGCAGAGGAACUCGAGGAAAUAGAGAAAGAUCCAACGAUUCAUGUAGGACAAAAGAAGAUACAGCGACCUGUGUAUCUCUUCGAUCUUGCACACUUAAUAACUGGGAGUAAAAAGCCAGACGACCCUCAGAAUGCAGAUAGGAUAGAGAUGGCAUUAAAUUGUGCGGAAGAGUUGAUUAGGAAGAAGAAAGGUUUCGGGCUCGAACUCGAGGAGAAUGCCGUGAAUCUAGUUUACGCAUUCGUCGGACUGCAGAACAACUAUGAACUGGAUGAAUUCGAUCAAAAGAGGCAGGCAGCCGUGACCGCUCUCGUGGCGUGCUGUCCCAGGAAAGCAGCCCCGACGAUUAUAGAUGAAUUCUUCAAGAACCAGUACUCGACUGAUCAACGCUUCGUCAUGCUGAAUGCGCUGGCACUUGGUGCACGCGAGCUAGCGUCAUUGCCUGUCCCUCCUUCAACGGUUCCAACAGAGCGGACUGCGUUCCCGAGCAAGCAGUUACCGCCGGCUCUUCAUAAGAGAUAUAUAGCGUAUGAGGAAGGGAACGGUGCCCAGGUUCAGCGCAUGCUAGAAGACAUCAGUCGAACGGCAAUUGAGAGUGGGAGAACGGCAGCAGAAGCCAAAGUUGCGCCUAUCGCCCGAGAACGACAGCUCCGCAUUAAGCAACCCACACGUAUCACCGAAGUUAGGGUAGGAACAACCUACGUACCCAAGGAAAGCACGUUCUCAGAGCUUGCUGCGGAAUACUUCGUUGGACCUCUGGUGGGAAAGUUCUGGCUUUUCCUCCGUGAUGAGCAAGAGAGGGAGGCACGUACGGCGCAUCGCAAAAUGGCGUACCGCGGAACAGGAACAGGCCUUAUUCUUAGUCCACUCGUACUCGCGCAUUUCCUCGGAACGCUUGCUGUUCUGAUGCAUGCUGCGAGACGCUCUCCGGCAUUUCUUGCUGUACUUACGCCUGAGGCGUUGGAGUUGUCUGUGACACUUGGAACGCGUCCUAUGUCUGGUGUGGAAGAGGACAAGGAACGUGAGGCAUCUGUGUUGACUGCCGCUUUGGAAUUGGCGGUGAUCAUCUUGGACGGAUGUCUUGAACUUGAUGAUGGCAGGUCUCUGUGUCUCGAGCAUUCCGGACUCUUACUUGGGGUUGGUGAAUGGGCUGGUGAGGUAUUGAAUGCACUUGAGCGAGGAGUACGCGUCCCUGGAGGUGGAGGUACCCAUGAGAUAAAAUUGCGGAGGUCCGCUGCAGGUGUUGUGCUGAAGGUUGACGAACUAAGUUCUCGUUGGCGGCAGUCGAUGAUAUCCACAUAUCAGGGUGUAUGA